UUGCGCAACAAUGGUGGCAAGCAACGCCAUAGAUACGUUUGCAUACCACCCCUUCUCGUCCUAAGAAUUGAGAUACUCCCACGUAUUUGUACGACUUACGGAAGAUAAGACGUCCACUUCUGAUAUCCUGUCUAUCAUCAUACAUUACUAUGGCCACUGCUGCUGUUUUAUCUCCCACCCCUGCGGUUACUCCAGAAGGUCAAAGCAAUAAAGCCUUACCCGCAUGGAAAGUGCCAGCGACAACCAAGGAGCCUUUGGAUUGGGUUUUACUAGAAACCAUCGAUUUGAAUGACCUCAAUUCCAGUGAUCCGGCUGUCCGUGAAAGCCUCAUAUCCAGAUCUAAACAUGCCCUCUCGGUUGAUGGCUUUCUCUACGUUGUCGGUACCGGUGUCACGCAAGAAACUAUUGAACGACAGCUCGCCAUUACCCAGCACAUAAUUAAAGGCAUUGCAGAUGAAGAGAAAGCCGGAUAUACCGCCAAACUGUCUGAAGGCUCAUACCGUGGCCACAAGCCGAAGGGAAUCUGGUCUCGCCAAGGUGUCGUGGACAACAUUGAACACUACAACUUCGAAAGUCCGUCGUUCGAUGGCAAUAUCGAUCAGCAUCCGCCCUCUUUACGUCCCUAUCUCCCCGAGAUUCAAGCUUUCGCCGACUACACGUACAACCACAUAGUUCGUAAGAUACUAGAAAUCAUUUCGUUUGUCCUGGAGCUGCCUCCAAACGCUCUUUGGAAGCUCCACAGUCAAGAGGGUGUCAUUGGUGAUUCCUGCCAACGAUACAUGGGCUAUCAUCCGAGAAGUCAAGAAGACGAGGAGAAGACGAAGAACAUAUGGAGUAAGGGUCACACGGACUACAACACCAUCUCAUUGUUGUUUUCUCAACCUAUUGCCGCCCUUCAAAUUCUGACACCCAAUAACGAAUGGAAGUGGGUUCAACAUCGCGACGGCGCUGUUAUAGUAAACGUUGCGGAUGCACUGGACUUCUUGACUGGCGGUGUCUUGAAAGCAACACGGCACCGUGUCAUCCGUCCGCCUACUGAUCAAUCUGACAUCACUCGUCUAAUCCUUAUACACUUUGCCCGAGCGCGCGGGGAUCUUAUGCUUAAUCCUCUUUAUGAGUCGCCGAUUGUCAAGCGAAAUGGCGUACACGCUUUCCAAAACCGUCUCGACGCGGGGGAGCGAGCUCCCACUCAAGCUGAGUGGCUGGCUGAACGAAUUAAGCGGACCGGCCAUGAAAAAUACAUCGAGGUCAAGAAGCCUGGCGAUGGGAAGGUACAAGAGCAUGUUCUGGGACGGAAGGUGGACUACUACGUGUAAGGUCUGAUGGAGGCGUGCAAGACGUCCGGCGUUUUCGCCUGUUUUCAGCUUCAAAUUUGAAACGUAACGGGGCAGCUUGGAGUAUGUACCCCUCACUGUUGCAUCAGAUCGUGGUGACUGUUCAACCAAAUCCUAUAUGUACGCUAAAUAUAC